CGGAAAUUACCGGAGAGUCACGAAUGAGUGAACUCCGGUUAUAACAAAGAUGGCGGCCUCAUGAAUUUUUUGUUAGCCGUGCAAGAUUAAAGAAAAUGCCUAUUUCCGAAGGUUUGGAGAAUGAGGAUUGACAUCAAUUUGGCUACAGUUAUUAAACUACAGACAUUGACUGGAAUUGGAUUAAAAAAAGCUGAAACAAUCGUUGAAUACAGACAGAAAAUUGGUGGAUUUGAAAGUGUAGAUUCUCUAUCUGAAGUUCCUGGUAUCGGCACAAGCAUCGUUGAUCAGAAUCGACAAAUCUUGACCUGUAAAAAGAUUAAACAACCUGUCAGAGUUCGACAAACUAAAAGUAGUUCCUCUUCCGACGUUGGUAAUUAUGGGAAGAAACGUGGCAAACGAGCAACAUCGUGUAGUAAUAUCGUAGAUCGUAAACCGGAUCCAGACUCUUCAACAUCGGCAACAUGUAAAAAACAGAACGCUGUCGUCAAAAACAGACGAACUCAUGAACCAUUUUACCCAAGUCGAAUUACUCGAUCCAGUGGACUUAAAAAAGAUUUAAUAGAAGAUGGCUUGACUUGUUCUUCCUCAGGACUGAACAAGUCUACGGUAUCAAAUGGAUCGUCCAGUCCUCAAGAUGGUGUACACAGUGAACAGGAUGGAACGCAGAGCAGUUCUUCGACUGCGAGUUUACCCGUGGAGAGAUCGGUUGGGAAUCGAGAUGUAAAUAAGAAUUGUACAGUUAAUAAGAAUGAAAUACGACGAGACCGAGAUGUUCAUUUGGACUCAUUUCACGGUCCCCAGAGUGUGGGGUUUGGUGACUGGGGAAUGGAGGUCGGGGAUGAGGGAGAUGAAUCGUCGAUGGACACACUACAGUCUCAGUCUGUUGAUACGAGUGAUACAGACGGGGAUAAGGACGAUGGGGAGGGGCUUGACGAUGACGAAGAUGAUUUGUGUGGAUCUUGCUGCUGUAAACGUGAAACUUCUUCCUGUAAACACCAGUUGAUAAAGAGAAAAUCUACAUUAAAAGAAGAUUACUGUCCUGUUAAACGUAUUUGUAGAUUUCCUUGUCAUAGUUGUUUAAGCUGUGGUCAUGGGUCCAGUGCCUUGUCUACUUGGAUACGAUGUCCGAUAUCUCGACAGCGAAUUCCAUCAAAAGAAAAUCCUCCUGCAGGUCUUCAACAAUGGCUUGAUACCUUCAAGAAUUGGACGAACGCGGAGAGAUUAAUGGCGCUAGAUCAGAUGAUUGAAUUAUGUGAACCAACACAAGUUCGUCACAUGAUGCAGGCUAUCGAACCCCAAUUCCAGCGAGACUUUAUUUCACUUCUUCCAAAAGAGCUUGCCUUACACGUUUUAUCAUUCCUUGACGCUAAAGAUCUACUUCAAGCUGCUCAAACUUGCCGUUAUUGGCACAUACUGACGGAAGACAACCUUUUAUGGCGAGAGAAAUGUCGAGAAGAGUGUAUCGACAAAUCAGCAUUCUCUAAACGUAAAAACGGGAGUCUAUGUAGUCAGUGGAAAGCUUUAUAUUUACGACAGUAUCAAAUAGAACAAAACUGGCGUUCCGGUGCUAUACGACCAAAUAAGGUUUUAAAAGGCCAUGAUGACCAUGUGAUAACUUGUUUAGAAUAUUGUAAUAAUAAAAUAGUUAGUGGGUCUGAUGAUAAUACUCUUAAAGUCUGGUCUGUAGUUACAGGCAAGUGCCUUCGUACGUUAGUUGGUCAUACAGGAGGUGUCUGGUCGUCCCAGAUGGUGGGUAAUACAAUAAUAAGUGGAUCAACAGAUCGGACGCUUCGUGUGUGGAACGCAGACACGGGCCAAUGUCAACAUGUUUUAUAUGGACAUUCAUCAACGGUUCGCUGUAUGAGUUUACAUUCUAACAAAGUUGUGAGUGGGUCUCGAGAUGCUACGCUACGUAUGUGGGAUAUAGAGAACGGAGACUGUUUACAUGUAUUAAUGGGCCACGUAGCCGCCGUUCGUUGUGUGCAGUAUGAUGGUAGACGUGUGGUUAGUGGGGCGUAUGAUUACACCGUACGUGUGUGGGAUCCAGAUACUGAAGCAUGUAUUCAUACGCUACAAGGUCACACAAACAGAGUUUAUUCCUUACAGUUUGAUGGUGUACAUAUAGUGAGUGGUUCGUUGGAUACGUCUAUACGAGUCUGGGACGUAGAAACGGGAAAUUGCUUACAUACGUUAAUAGGUCAUCAGUCGUUAACAAGUGGUUUAGAAUUAAAAGAUAAUAUAUUGGUAUCUGGUAACGCUGAUUCAACGGUUAAAGUAUGGGAUAUAACGAGUGGACAGUGUUUACAGACAUUACAAGGACCUCAUAAACAUCAGAGUGCUGUCACUUGUUUACAGUUCAGUAAAAAAUUUGUAAUAACAUCGUCAGACGACGGCACCGUCAAAAUCUGGGAUCUUAAAACAGGCGACUUUCUCAGGAACUUGGUUUCUCUUGACAGUGGCGGAAGCGGUGGGGUUGUGUGGCGUCUUCGGUGUAGUAAUACAAAACUAGUGUGUGCAGUUGGCAGUCGCAACGGCACAGAGGAGACGAAACUGCUGGUUUUAGAUUUUGAUUUAGAUGAUAAAAAAUUGUGAUUAACAAAUAUGGUCCAUAUAAUUACCGUAAGAGAGUGCUGAUAGAUUUACUAAUAAGGAAGUAGAAUUUUUUAAAAAGGGCAUUAUGGGACUAGAAGAACAUAAUACUUGUUGACGUGAAUGUUGUUAUAAUUGUACAGUGGUUGAUGUUUUGUUUGACGUGAGAAGUGAAUGUAUGGCCAGUGAUUAGUAGUUAAAUUAUCACUACGCUGUUUGCAGAUAUUUGAGGACAGUUUGUCGUACUGAAAAAGAAAACCAAACAUAUUCGGCAGAUUAGAUGAAGAUAGAAUCCCAACAGAGAUUUGACGAAGAAAAGUAACCAGCAGAUUUGACAGAAGAAAAUAAUCAGUAUAUUUCUGUCAUUUAAAUUAAUGAGGACUAUGAUUGUUAUUCUUUAACAAAAAAGUCCCAAAUUGGAAUGUAACCAUGGAAAUCUGUAAAGUUGUACAUCUGUCAGUUGUAAAGUAUGUGUUCAGUAGAAUCACACCCGUAGUCCAGGUAACACAGAAUUACUUUCGUCGUCAAGGUAACACAGAAUUACUUUGAUAGUCUAGGUAACACAGAAUGACUUUGGCAUCCAGGUAACACAGAAUUACUUUCAUGGUCCCGGUAACACAGAGUUACUUUCGUCGUCCAGGUAACACAGAAUCUGUUCUCUCCCAGUUCUAUGAAUCCAAGUCAUGUGAAUAGAAAUUUUAUGUGUAUUCAUAAUAAUAUCGAUAAGUAAGACAUUAAACCCCAUUUCAUUUCACAUAAAAUAAUGUUACUGAAAACAUAUGGAUACAUUAUAAAAUCAUGGCUUGCGAUCAUAAAUGUUACUUCAUUAUGCAAACAGAGAACUAUUCACUUUGAGAACAGAUCUCUGCCCUAAAUGGCCGCCAUAUCCAACAAUUAGUAUACUGUUUUGAAAUGCGGUCCUACUCCGGUUCACAUCUGUUAUACACAACGUUUUCAAUUUUGCUAAAUGAAAACAGAAUAUUUACUUCUCAAAAUUCUUCAAAUAUACUUACUGUUUUUGACUAAAAACGUUGAUUUAGGACUUAAAAUGUCGGUCAACUAACUAAGUGUCUGUUUAGUGUGAUGUUACUUGACGGGUCUACUGAACACACAGCGCGGAUUCCCAAUCUCAAGAUAGGAAGCCGACCCAAUCUGUUCAUUUUAUUGGAAGGUGAGGAUGAUUACAGCAAGGACAAUAAUUAUUUUUUUAUAUACAUGUAUACAAGGACAGUGGACGCUGAAACUAAUGUACAGGAAACUGAACCCAUAUGUAAUCUUGUUAAACUUUUGUGUUCGUUCUUUGAAACUCAUUCUUGCUACAUGUAACUACAUGUACCAUGGCCAUCCUGUUCCUGCUACACAUGUAGAUUUCAUUUAUUUUGAUGCUGUGACAUCUGCAUUUAUAAAACAAAUAGGGCUAUUUUGUCAUUCUUUCAAUAAACAAAAAUAAGUCUUGGAAAGUUUUGAUGCCUAUAAUACACUUACUUAAAGAUACAUUAUGUAAGAUAUUGAUAAAGAGCUGACCGUUCCUGCUAUAAUAGGUUAAAAAUAGAUAAUGAAAAAUGGAAUAUAUUGAAAAUAUCAUUCCAAUGACUUUAUUUUGAGCAAAGUUAUGAGCAAUGCGGAACUAAGUCUAGGUUAUCAAUAUUAUCAUUAAAGUUUUCGAUGUCGCGGAUGUUCAAACUUCAAAUCCAAUGGUCUAGAGAUUUGAUUACAGGCGUGUCAUAAUUUUUACAAGAUUCCAAGCUAGAAAAAAAGUCUGCAAUAUGCAGAUUUAUAUGGCGGUAUAUUAGAUUCAAAAUUCUUCCAAGCUAUCGUCUAAUUUCUAUUCAUGUAAUUUCUAACUUAUAUUCAUGUAAUUUCUAAAUUGAAACAAUGUAUAAUCCAACUUCUUUAUUUGUUCAGUGUAAGUUUUAAUUCUGUUUCAUCUUAUUUCUAUUAUCAAGACGAAAAAUGUCUACUUCAUUGUCGCUUUACAUGUUAAGCAUGAUCGUGGAACAAAUUUAGAACUUUGAUACUUCUACCUAUAGAGAGAGAGAGUAACGCCCACUUUAGGUCAUUUGGGGUUGGGACUAACAUAUUCAAUUUUAUUUCAAUAAUUAGCUUGCACAUAGGGGUCUUUAGCAGUAGGAGGAAACCGGAGGACCCGGAGAAAACCCACAUGGUUGGACAGGCGACCCUACUCAUUGUCAGGUGCAACCCGGGAAAUCGAUGCUGAAAUUGAAAACGACAUCAAACGUGAUAUGGUUGGCAAAUACUUUUUCAAAUAUAAGUUAAAUAUUAUUUUUUCACUCUUUUGAAAGACCAGUGAAGGAUCUGAAGAUUUGUGUUUGAUUUUUUUUUUUUACGUUUUGUAGAGUAUUCUCUCAACUUUAUCAAGACAACAAAAACACAUACUUAUGGAAAAUAGCUACAAGUGUAUUUUAAGGCAAUUUUUCGUAGAGUAUUCUCUCAAUGUUAUCCCUUAGUGUAUUUUAAGGCGACGUUUCGUAGAGUAUUCUCUCAACGUUAUUAUUAUUAGCUUGAUAACGUCGUGAAAAUACUCUAUGAAAAGUUGCCUUAAAAUACAGUAGCAGCUGUUUCCAUGAGUAUGUGUUUUUGUUGUUACAUGUACAUGAAUAGAAGUUAGAAAUUAGACAACAGCACAGUCGGAUUUUGAAUCUAAUAUACCUCCAUAGAUUUAGCUCUUACAUAAUGUAUCUUUAAAUUAAAAUCUAUCAAAAAAUAAAUCCCAUGAACUGUACAUGAUCAAGUCGGACCGGAGUUGGCAUGUUCACAAGAGGAUGAUUUUCUAAGAAUGAUAUUUUGUUAUGUAUAUAAAUUUAUUAUAAGGGCAAUUAAAAAUGGCACUAUUCGUAUGAAGUAAAUAUGUACAUUUAUCGUGAAGUAACUUAGACAGAGUCAGUAAACUUUCUCAAAUUUAUAUCAUAUAUGGACUGAUAUUCCUUCUAGAGAUUCAUCCUUCACACACAAUAUUGUAGUUUGCAAGGAAUUCCGAUUCCCUAAAAAUUGAAUCAUAUAUGGACUGAUAUUCCUUCUAGAGAUUCAUCCUUCACACACAAUAUUGUAGUUUGCAAGGAAUUCAGAUUCCCUAAAACCAGUAUCUGUAACUUUUAAAUGAUUAAAAUAUUGUAAAAUAUAAAAGAAAAUUUUCUCAAAUUUAUAUAAAUUUAUUGAACAGAAUUGAAUCAUUUGUGGACAGAUUCAUCUUUCACAAUAUUGUAGUUUGCAAGGACUUCAGAUUCUCUGAAAGCAGUAUCAGUGGCUUUUAAAUGAUUAAAAUAUUGUAAAAUAUAAGAGAAAGUGUUGUGUGAUAUGACUCUGGUUAUUUGUAAUAAUAUUGUAUAUAAAUAAAUAUGUAUUAAAAUAAUGUAUUAAGCUACACUUGUUGCCGAAGAAAUCAUUUCAAUCAAUCAGUUUCUGGACUUAAAACUUUAGGGCUUGGUACAUUUAAAUAUUGACUUAUGACUACCCCAGUUCCUUGAAGAAUGUUAAGUGAUAUGUUAAUACCGCAAUAACCCUGGACAGACAGAAACAGUUCAAAACUGCUGUUCCGUAGACCACUUCAACCCCUGAGAAUAGCUUUCAUUAUUGUCGGACCAUUUUGCGUGCACCACAGCUGUGCAUGUGACGGGGUGGGUUGGUGUGGUCUGAGAGGUCUUAUUAGAACAGCAAGUACUAAAGGGUUAAUAUAGUUUUUUAUCAGUUGACUUAUAAACCAAACCCUUUUACUAAUAAAAAUUUGGGCCAUGAAAGCAUGCAAGUCAUCAUUAAUCUAAAUUAAUCUAAAUAAAAAGUGGUUAGAAAUUAUACAGUAGUCAUUAAUAGUGUAAAAGCCUGACUAAUUAUAAUAUCCAUCAUUAUUGAAUAUACAACCCUAAACAAUAGUGGUGAACAUGUAUAUCAUGCAAUUGACACAAGUUUAACACCUUAGUGACAUAACACUUACUUAAUGACUACUUUUGGAUUACUAACCAUUUUAACUGAUCAGUAAACAUUACCCAUAUAAAAUAAUGACUUGCAUUCUUUUUAAAGGCCGUGUGUUUAAAAGAGAACAAUAUCAACUUUACAGUGAGACCAGGUUUUUUUAUACUAAAUUUAGUUAGUUCCACCAGGCCAGUUUCUGAACUCAAGAGUUCUAUUAGGCCAGUUACGAGGAUUUCUAUUUUGGUCACACAUUUUAGCUGUUAAUCAUUGAAAAGGUCUUGUCUUCCCAGUGGUCUCGUACGUUCGGUAUCAAUAGUGGUCUUGUAGGUUCAAUAUCCCAAGGGGCAUUUUCGGUAUCCUCAGUGGUCUUGUAGGUUCGGUAUCAAUAGUGGUCUCCUGCGUUCAGAAUCCCCAGCGGUUUUGUACAUUCGGUAUCAAUAGUGGUCUCGUACGGAAGAGACCAAGGGGGACGAGAUCAUUGGGUAUACCGAGAAUGAGAGGGUAUAUUGUUUAAGAUGGAGUAGUAUUGUCAUGUAUUUAUUAUUAUGGUGUAUACAACAAUGUAUUAUAACAGCAGGUGUGUGUUACAAACCACAACAAACCAGCUGGUCUGAUAUUAUUUGUAAUAAACAACUAGGGCAUUUCAUAUCA